GUUAUCAGAACUUGAGAGAUUUUGAUGUUCAAAUGCCACUUCUGUUAAUGUGAGCAUAAACUCUGUGGUUUAAGAUUACAACAAUGGAUGGAGAGGUUUAUUCAUAGAACUCUGAUAGCUGUAGCUGAGGGUUUCACCCAACAAGGCAAGUAAAACCUUCAGUAGCUUUCCCAGAUUUUUGGGAAAUUUAAGGUUCACCUUCAGGAUAAACUGUGUCCAAAAUUUCUAAACACACUCAAGUUGCUCCCAAAUCUGUUCUCUAUGGAAGCUGUACUGAAACCAGAAGCUGCAAUGCUCUCUGGGGAAAAAUUAAUCCCUUGAAUAUUUUAAGGGGAGGGAUUAUAUUGCUUGUGUUUUAGCAGAAUCUGAACAAUUUUAGCAUCUCCAGAAAUGUUUUUUGUUUUCGAGUGCUUUGUCUCUAUUAAGAAACAGAUUUUCAUUACUAGAUUUAGAUGUCCUGCUUUGUUAAAUCCAUCAUUAGGUAGAUCAACUAAGCUAAAAAAUGGGGAAGGCAAAUUCUUUAAGGAAAAGAACCGAGACUAUUGAAAAAUAUUAAAUAAUUGCAGUUCAAACCCCAGUUGUACUGGGGGAGGAUCAAACUAUAUUUUUGUGAAUCUUUGAAAGAAAAAAUCAUAAUUGUAAAAGCAGUCUUCAGGUCAGAAUUUCAAUACAAUGUACCAUUGAGUAUCCUGUAGAAGUAACUUGAAAUGAAUUACCCAGACUCAGUAAUAAAAUGUUUGAAUCAUAAUCUCAUAAUUUAUGACUUUUGUCUCCCUUAAUUUCCACUGCCUUUUGAAAGCAGUUUUACUAUUUAACAGGAGAGAGAGGAAGCAUGUUCUAAAAAUAAGUAUUAAAUGCAGUAAAAGUGACAGUAAUGCCUUCUGCUUUUGUAAGCAGAUCAAGAUAAUACUUUUCCUGCUUGUACCUUUGCUGUUUUCUGUCUAUAGAGCAAUCUAGAGGAAAAUGGCUGCCUUUUUACUUUAUAAAUCCAGGAAAUAAACUACUGUGUAUUUAGCAGAAUUUGGUGUAACACAUUCACUGUGAGGCACUGGGGCUCACUGUCGCCUGAGAUGCUCAGAUAUUUGAUGUUAGUUUUUGUGCUUGUAGGCUAAGUUAUCUCUUGAGUGGCCAGUUGAAAUAUUUAAUUCUUUAAGAGUAACCUACAAUACUGCUAAUCAUGACAAUAUCUUUACACUUGUAUCAAGUGUGAAGUUAAAUCAUUAGGGUGUAAUAGAUUCUGGAUGCUUUAGGGAAUAAAUGCAGUGUGUGGUAUUCCCUGGGGAAUUUCCAUACUUCUUUGAGAAGAAGAGUUCAGAGAAUUCUCUGAAGCAAUCCUGUACUGCAUUGUUUGCCACGAACAACAGAUUGAAAAACUUCUUCCAGUUUUACUUGAAGAGAACAUUAUAGGCUGGUGAUGGGUUGCCACAGAAUUUUAAGGGAGGGAAGGAAUUUGAAAGAAAAUUUUAGAAGUGCAUAUUUUAUUUGUGUAAAGGUCAUACGACAUAGAUACAUAUUAAUUAGUAAGUGUUGUCUUCCUGCGUUGCUUAAAAAUGCUGAUUUUAAAAUCUAAAGAAAAAAAUAAGGUAGUAUAUGCUGCUUUUUUAAUUAAAGAAAUCAGCAACACAUCUUUAGAUUAGCAAAUAACUUAUUUGAUUCCAUCUCUAAAAGUGACAACCUAUUGUAAACUGUCUGAGAUGAUAAUACCAGCAAGGUAAGAAACGGGGUUUUUUAUCUGGGCUUGGGGUUUUUGGGUUUUUUAAUUCAUUGUGAGGAAAUAAGAGAAAAAUAAUUGAAAUCUCUGUGGGGCAAACCUUUCAAAGACCUUAAACUCUAAUAGUGAUAGAGACAUGGAUCCCUUUUUUCAAAAUAAUGUCUUUGAUCAAUGAAAAUUCAGUAGAAACUCCAGUGUUUCAGUUUUAAUAUUGUGUCACUAUUAAGAGGAAUUAAAUGUAAUGUAUCCUUGAAUAUGAUUAUUUUCCAAGCUAUAUGGGUAUAAAACAAGAUAUAAGUCUUUAGAAAAAAGUACGACUUCUCGUGGUGGUACACUUAAGAAGCUGGAGAGCUAGAAGAUGGACCAAACUGCUUUCUGUUUUCAAUGACUUAAUGAAGCAAGCAAAUGACAAUUCUAUAAAGAGAUUAAAAUGCCAUACUGCAGUUGUGGUUUGUCUGUCUGCAUCUUGGAUGCUACUGGGUGGCUGAAUUUACAGUUCAUCAUCUCUGUGAAACCAACGUGGUGUGAAUGCAGUAUUCAAAGUGAGUGGAAUUUCCUUGAAUAAAGGAAAAGAUGGAGGUGCCAACAGUCAGCAGUAAAGAUAAUGGUGUGUCUCAUGUUCUGACUCUAGCGCUGCAAGAGCUCAGCUUGCUCUGCAAGAGAGAUGUCAAUGGCGUUGGCAUGCUCUAUGACCUGCUCAGAUCUCGCUGGCUGCAAGCACUGCUGAAGAUUUAUGAAUGCCUCCAACACUAUCUUGCAAAGAGACCAGCUCCUGUCACACUGCAGGCACGUGUGCUGAGUCGUGAGGUGGUAGAGUUACUGCAUGAAGCCCCUCAGUCAGGAGAGAUCAAAGAGCUAAGACGGCUCCUGCGUUCUCCACACUUCAAGGCCUUGCUAUCUGCUCAUGAUACUGUGGCCCAGAAAGAUUUUGAACCAACCCUUCCACCACUGCCAGACAACAUACCUGAAAAUGAAGAAGCUAUGAGGAUUGUCUGCUUAGUGAAAAACAACCAGCCUCUGGGUGCCACCAUUAAACGCCACGAGAUAACAGGUGACAUAACAGUUGCUCGUGUGAUCCAUGGUGGGCUGGCAGACAGAAGUGGGUUGCUGUAUGCUGGAGACAAACUGGUGGAAGUAAAUGGAGUUCCUGUUGAGGGACUUGAGCCUGAGCAAGUCAUUAAUAUUCUGGCCCUGUCUCAGGGGACAAUUAUGUUCAAAUUAAUUCCAGUUUCUGAUCGGCCUGUCAGCAACCAAACAACAGUUUGCCUUUUAAGAGGGGUGAAAUACUCCAGAUUGUGGAUCAGAAUGACGCUCUCUGGUGGCAGGCCAGGAAAGUUUCAGAUCUCAGUGCCUGUGCUGGACUCAUACCCUCAAAUCAUCUUCUUAAAAGAAGAGGAAGAAUUUGGUGAAUUUGGUCAACGAGUCUUUAUUGCUGGAUUCCGCAGGAGCAUGCGGCUGUGCCGCAGGAAGGCCCGGCUCAACCAGCAGUCCUGCUACUCCCGCUGCCCCAGCAGCUGCUACAGCAGCCUGGCAGCUCCCUACGAAGAGGUGGUCAGGUACCAGCGGCACCCGACAGACCGGCACAGACUGAUUAUCCUCGUGGGGCCCGCAGGAGUUGGUGUGAAUGAGCUGCGGCGAAGGCUAAUCACAAGUAACCCACGAGAGUUUCAAAGUGCCACACCUCACACCACUCGUGUUCAGAAGAGUUAUGAAAUGAAUGGUCGUGAAUAUCACUACAUAUCGAAGGAAACUUUUGAAAACAUGGUGUAUAGUCACAGAAUGCUGGAAUAUGGGGAGUACAAAGGGUACCUGUAUGGUACCAGUAUUGAUGCAGUGCGAACAGUCCUUGAUGCAGGGAAGAUCUGUGUAAUAGAUUUAGAACCACAGGGUAUACAAAUAGCCCGGACCCACGAGUUAAAGCCCUACAUUAUAUUCAUCAAGCCACCCAGCAUAGGCUGCAUGAGGCAGACUCGUAAAAAUGCCAGGAUCAUUACAGAUUAUUAUGUGAACAUGAAGUUCAAGGAAGAAGAUUUACAGGAGAUGGAAGAAUCGGCUAAGAAAAUGGAAGCUCAGUUUGGUCAGUUCUUUGAUCACGUGAUUGUGAAUGACAAUUUACAAGAAGCAUCUGCGCAGCUGCUGUCUGCAGUGCAUCGUGCACAGGAUGAGCCCCAGUGGGUCCCUGCAGUAUGGAUAUGCUCAGACAGUCAGCCCUAAUUCUAAGCAGCAGGCAGCUUCAGAAAGAUUACAGCUUAUGUUUUACUUCAAGAAUAAUCCUAAUGUCAGGAUUGCAAGAAUUUAUCUCUGUAUGUGAGGGAUUUGGAAGAGGAUUAGGAAAGAAGCUCCAACAGGAGAUAUAAUCAUACUAUGUUCUGUGUAGAUUUUGAGCUUUUUAUGUUACACUUUUGUACCAAAAAAAAGGAAAUACUGUGAGUACUCAAUUACAAGAAUAAAGAAAAAUCUAUUUUGUUGCA